CUUCGAGCUGGCUAAUGAAAGCAUUCUCGAGGAGCAAAGGAAGCAGGGGAGAGGAAGGGCUACGGAGGGGCAGGGAUGCGGAACAGAACCGGUCUAGUGCUCUGUGCCCUUGUCCUCCUGACGGGCUUCCUGAUGAUCUGCCUGGGAGCCUUCCUCAUUUCCUCAGGAUCGAUGUUCAACUGUCAAGGGAACCUGAUCCUGGCCUAUAUGCUUCUGCCCCUGGGGUUUGUGAUCCUUCUGAGUGGAAUUUUCUGGAGUACCUACCGCCAGGCCAGGGAAAGCAAAGGGGUGUUCACGCACGUGCUCAGACGACACCUUGCUCACGGGGCACUGCCCCUGGCCACAGUCGACAGGCCAGAUUUCUACCCCCCUGCGUAUGAAGAGAGUCCUGAUGCGGAGAAGCAACCCUGUCCGGCAGAGGGAGAGGCCUCGGAUGUCCCUCCACCUGUGUACACAGAGAUGGGCCUUGGAUUCGAGGAUGCACCUGACGCCCGCCCAGAGGCCCCACCUUCCUACGAGGAGUCCGUGGCAGGCGGGGUGGUGACAGCCACACCAUUUGCAGGACGCUCAGGAUGCUGAAGCAGGAGAUACUCUCUAGUGCUUGGGAUGCACCCUCAUGGGAUACGGCUGCUGGUAGUAAACGCGGGCACUGGACGACGGGAGGGAAAGGGUCUUCGGGGACCCUCAUGAGCGCACGCCGAGGAGAUGGGGGAAAUGACAGCAUUAUGGUUUCCUGGACGUGCUUUGGUCUGCAAGGGCAGCGUGGGGUCCCGGAAGGGUGUGGUGGACAGCAAGCCACAUUUCAAAGGAUCCACACUAAUCCCAGCCCAGUUGGGCUUUUGGACUGCCGUUUGGAGCUGUGCCCCAAGAGGCUUUUAGCUCUCACUCAACCCCCGCCAGCACCCCAGCCCCCAACGGGGAGAACA